CUAUAACUAUAGCACACACACACACACACUAUAACUCAGGACUGAUAUUCACAUCUUGUACUUCUGUGUAAUAAACGUGACACUUUGAUGUUUUAAAGUAGUUUGUUGACAUGCUUCUUGUAAACUCGAUAAUGUUUGAUCUUAAAUGACCCCUCAUGUUAUUACACCUGUGUUUACUGCCAGGCACCUUCCCCCGCAGUCAGGUGUGUCGUGUGUGUGACGUCAUCAUAAUAAGACGGUCUGACCGCUGCAGCCUCUCCUGCAGGACCCAACAUGGUCCCCGGACCCCUGUUUGAGAACCACCUCCUGCCGGAUCGACCUUCCUGUGUUAUGGUCCAACUCCCUGAGUGUGUGCACACGCACGCGCACACACACACGACUCCCUCGCGUCCUGACAGUGAUAUAACCAUCUGAAGCUCGUGACCCGCAGGCCGAGAGGCCGCUGUGUGGAUGUGUGGAGAUAUUAUCGUUCAUGAUUCAGAGACAGAAGCAGAGCUCCGUAACUUCCGGCCAGCUGUCACUGCGCAGCGUUAAAUACCCAGAACGAGUCAGUGACACGUCGCCCGUGAUGAUGCUAACAGAGCUAAUGUAGUGAGAGCUGCGCAGAGGCCGCGAGCUGCGCGCGCGACCCAACAACAACAACAACAACAACAACGACCCGUAAACACGAACACGGUACCGUCAUGGCGGGGCGCCGCGGGGGGUCCGGAGGCCUGCUCGGCCAUGGCUUUCCUGAGGCGGUUACCGGGAGUGUCCAGGAAAACAGGCUAACAUCACAAUGAGCGUGAAGCCGCCGGGGAACGGCGAGGAGUGCGGAUCCGAGAGCUCAUGGAUCUGUUGCGCAACCUCCUCUGGUUAUGGGUGAUAAUUGUCACUAUUUUUGCGUGGAUUGUGAUCAGCCUCAUCUUCGUCUUCAUCAACAAGUGCAUCUCCAGAGCAGGAAAACACAGAAGCACCCAGAACCUCACUGCUAAGAGCAACCAGGACCCGGAGAGGAGCGUUGACCCGCUGACCCCGUCCUUACCUCCCCGGACCCAGUUUCUCACAGCAGGCAAGACUCGAUGCACACAGCGCCUCCCACAGGGCGGGAGGAGGAGCUGCAGCUGCUCUGCCUCAGUGAAUCUUUCAGGAUCUCCUCAAACUGACGUCGUGGAGCUGAUGAACGGCCGUGAUGACAAACGCUGCCUGAAUACCAGAGCUGUUGUUUCAGGGGCCCGGAGCUACGAGAGCCUGGCUGAGGACGAGCGGCACGACUGUUCUGACUAUGAAGAGUACGUCCCCGACGACGCCCAGGACCUCCAGGUCCUCCAGGACCCGCAGGACCUCCAGGUCCUCCGCGACUACGAGCAGGAUAAGCAGUCUGACUAUGUGAUGGUGGAGGAUGAGGACGAGCCUCUUCCUCUUCAUCCACGGUGCCAGGAUGCAGAUCCGGAGGAGGAGGAGGAGGAGGACUACGACGACAUCGGCGGUGAAGACGAACACAAGGGCGACGAGGACUACGACGACGUGGGUUAAGAGGACCCGGAGACGAUGGAGACGAUGGAGACGAUGGAGACGAUGGAGACGAUGGAGACGAUGGAGAGGCCCUCUGACUCGUCUCUGGUGCUGAUGAGAGGUCACUGAAGGGGCUCUGCCCCUAGUGGCGGGUCUUGAUAUCACAAACAACAGCAGCUGAAGUUAUUGUUUGUGUGUCUGUCCGAAGAAGAGCGGCAGGACGACACGCCCACACAGGCUUCUGCUGUUCAUUCUAACUUAGUGAAGCUUGUUCAGAACAUUAAACAUAAUUUAAAGAA